GAACAGUCUCCCGGGUUUAUAUCGUAGGCUAGAUCCUCGAACUUAAUUGCGAUCCAAGAAAAUAGUACAAGAAAUCGAUGUUCUCAAUUUGUGAAUUCAAGAAGUAGGUACUUCCGUUGGUCGUCGUGGGGAUGAAUGUGCUACCUACUCCCCCGAAGUCAUACCGUACAAAACUUCUCACGAGAGGUUAGACAACGCCGCAUAUCCUCCCCUCUGGUUUAGCACAGAAACGUAGUGCCUUUGGCCACGACAGCAUAGCAUUUCACAAUCCUCAUUUCUCGCUACAUUAAAAACGAUAUAUCUCUUAUCAUCUCAGGUUUUGAAGUCACAACUACAGUGCAUCACACUAUACGCACACUGUACCUCCGCGCAGUCCCAGAUUGGUAUUCAUCCAACCUGGCUCCAUUCAAUCUCGUCCCCGACGGUAGCAAAAACGGUCCCGUCUCGAGACCACCGCAGCACCAGAAAUGCGCCGCGCAGCCUUGAGGGCCUUCCGGACGACCCUUCAAUGUAGCGUCCGCGGGCCAAACCGAACCCUUCCCCAGACCUACCACCGCCACCUCGGCCUCGCCGCGCGGUACCUCUCUUCGUCGUCAUCGUCGUCGUCGCCGUCCAGCAGCGGUCGAACCCCACCGCCGUCGCCGCGCUCCCACCGUCCGGGACACGCGCCCCUGGGCGAGCCUCUCCGGUCAUCCAUGUACGUCCGCCGGGCGUCGGCGGCGCUCGUGUCGGCACUGGUGGGCUACGGCGCCUGGUACAGCUACAGCGGGAGCGGCGAGGGCGCGAGCCUGUCGAGGGCGUACUCUUCCGACGCAUCAGGCGGUGGCGACCCCGCCGUCCCGACCAGGUCCGUCUUGGUCAUAGGCGCGGACGAGCUGCACACGGGGACGUUUGUCGGGGAGGGCCCGAUAUCAAAGGCCACCGACGAGGGGAGGAAGGUGGUGGAGAUGCUCACCCCGGAGCAGGCGACGCAGCUGCUGAGGAAGGGCGAGGAGUCGUAUUUUGUCAACAGGGGCCAGGACGUUGUCAGGUAUGACAUUGUUCAGCUGGCUAGCAAUGAUCCCAUCGAGGAUGACCACGCAGAGAAGAUCGUCGAGGUCCCAAGCAAAGCGGAUGGUACCGGCAGCGACUGGAUGUUCUGGGGAGUUUUCGACGGUCAUUCCGGGUGGACGACUUCUGCCAAGCUACGCCAGUCUCUGAUCAGCAUUGUCGCAAGGGAAGUGAACGACACAUACAGGGCCGCCAACGGCCUGGUGCCAUCUCAGGAGGCCAUCGAUGCCGCCAUCAAGACGGGCUUCACUCGGCUAGACGACGAGAUUGUCCACCAGAGCGUUCAAAAAGUCCUCCAAGCCGGCAACAAGGCCGUGGCUGCCGAGACGCUUGCCCCGGCCCUAUCGGGGUCAUGUGCCCUGCUCUCCUUCUACGAUAGUAGAUCCAAGCUGCUCCGGGUCGCGUGCACGGGCGAUUCGCGGGCCGUCCUCGGCCGGCGCUCCGAGUCGGGCAAGUGGACCGCGACGCCGCUCUCGGUCGACCAGACGGGCAGCAACCCCGACGAGGCAGCCCGGCUGAGGAAGCUGCAUCCGGGCGAGGAGCACGUCGUCCGCAACGGGCGUGUCCUGGGAGGCCUGGAACCGACUCGCGCCUUCGGCGACGCCACGUACAAGUGGACCCGCGAGGUCUCGGAUCGGUUGAGACGGCAGUUCUUCGGCCGGAGCCAGUCGCCGCUCCUCAGGACCCCGCCUUAUGUCACUGCCGAGCCCGUCAUCACCACGACAAAGAUGGAGCCCGAGCAAGGCGACUUCGUCGUCAUGGCGACGGAUGGCCUCUGGGAAAUGCUGACAAACGACGAGGUCGUCGGGCUGGUUGGCAAGUGGGUCGAGAACCAGCGAGGCAGCCCGUCAAACUCGCAGUUCGACUCGGUCUGGUCCAAGAUUUUCGGCUCUCAAAAGGGUGGGCUGCCCGUCGAGGUGAGCAAAGGGAAUGGGGACAUCGAUGGCCAGAAGACCCCUAUCCGUCUCCAGCAAUGGGGGGUGUCGCCGGAUGAUAAGGACCGCUUCGUCGUCGUGGACAAAAACGUGGCGACCCACCUGAUCCGCAACGCCCUCGGCGGAAAGAACCAAGAUCAGGUGUCGGCCUUGCUUACUCUGCCCUCGCCGUAUUCCAGAAGAUAUCGUGACGAUCUUACCGUACAGGUCAUCUUCUUCGGCCAUGGCGAGAAGACGGGCGAGGUGGUGGUCAACAAGGAGGCCACGGCUUCUGUCAAGCCGGACCUAAAGGCGAAGCUCUAAUUUGGCCUGGAUACCCCACAGGAUAGAAUGUUGAUUGAGACUCGAUUUGGGAAGGGUUGGCUACGGAGCGAGGCGUACAACGUAUGUGCUUGAUAGUUUGGUCGAAGACCUGCCUGGAAUACCGAGAUAUAUGCCUCGCCAGGCUGCUCGGGUCUUCAAAUUUUACUAUACAAACGAAGCCAAAACUCAUGCAGCAGCUAUGAACUUCUUGGUCUAAGAGCCCCUUCAACCCUAUCCGGAUAUAUCCGAGGAUAUCCAUAUCUGGACAGCCAUCAUUCAGCAUGCGGAAUCCAGAGCUCUGGUUUCGGGUGUGGAUGGCGAAUAUCAACUGGAAUUCGAAGCACCGAGCUAGCUCCUGCACGCCCAUAAUCUUUAAUAUAUUCUCCUAGGCCCAACGUUUCACUGAACUAGAGGACGUGCCGAACCGAGCUCAUUUAUGGUCUACCUUCUCAAGAUUUACU